AUGAACAUUAUGAGUUCAAGUUUUAAGCGAAAUAUUCAGGAUAAGAUUUUACAAAAAUUGGAAGAAUUCGAGGAGAAAGAUAGUGGUUGGACAUUAUCAGCCAUUAUAAACCUAAGCAUUAAUAUUAACAAAUUCGCACCAAUGCAAGGCUCAUCUUAUAUUCAACUCCCUAAAGAAAUAAGUGACAAGAAAGCUUGUAUUAAUGUAAAAAAUGAUGAUAAUGCUUGCUUUGCUUGGGCAGUUGUGUCAGCUUUACAUUCAGUACAUCGCUUGGAAAAUCCAGAUCGACCAGCCUCAUAUCCACAUUAUUCCCAUGUGCUGAAUUUAAAAGAUAUACGAUUUCCAAUAGCAGUGAAGCAAAUUCCCCGUUUCGAGAAGCAGAAUAAUCUCUCUAUUAAUGUUUAUAUUCUGCAGAAAACAGGCGAUGGAAAAAAAGUAAAUUAUAUUGUUUUACCAACUUACUUAACAAAAGCUAAAAAAAUCCAGCAUGUAAAUCUUCUGAUGGUACAAAGUGAAUACUAUAAUGACGAAGAUGAAAAUGAUAGCGAUAUUAAUAGAGUUGAAUGUUUGCAUUAUCACUUUGUUUGGAUAAAAAACCUAUCACGGCUUUUAUCUUCACAAGUAUCUCAACAUAAAAGCAAAAUUUUAUUUUGUGAGCGAUGUCUUCAUUAUUUUUAUAGCCCAACACGUUUAGAAAAACAUAUUCAGGAUUGUAAUAAACUUAACAAUUGUAAAAUUCGGUUACCAUCCGAAGAUUCAAUGUUUCUGAAAUUUAAGAAUUUUAGUAAUAAAGUAGAAAUUCCUUUUGUAAUUUAUGCAGAUUUAGAGUGUCUACUGAUACCAAUUAAUGAUAAAAACAAGUAUCAAGAACAUAUUCCCAGUAAUGUAGGUUAUUAUGUUAAGUGUUCGUAUGAUCAAAAUUUAUCUUUCUACAAGAGUUAUCGUGGGAAGGAUUGCAUAAAGUGGUUUAUUAAUGAAUUGAAACAAAUUGCUGAAUAUCUACAGUCGAUUUUCCAUUCCCCUGUUCCAUUGACUGAGUUAACUAUAGAAGAAACCAGUAAUUUUAAAAAUGCUUGCAAAUGUCACAUAUGCGAAAAAUUGUUUUCCAUGAACGAUAUUAAAGUGCAAGAUCACUGUCAUCUUACAGUUAUUUUUCACAAUCUUAGCGGCUACGAUUCCCAUUUCAUCAUUGAGAAUUUAGCUUCUGGGUUAAGAGGUCGCAUUGAUCUACUGCCUAUAAAUAAAGAGCGAUAUAUUUCAUUCACGAAACAUUUGGAAGGAUACUUAAUUAAGUUCCGUUUUAUUGAUUCUUUCAGAUUCAUGGCAAAUAGUCUGGAUACAUUAGCAUCCUACCUAACCAUGUUUCCUAUUUUAAAGUCUCAAUUCACAGAUCUUACAGAAGAUAAAUUUAAUCUCAUAACUCGCAAACUUUUGUACCCAUAUGACUAUUUUAACUCUUUCGAUAAAUUCACAGAAACAGCAAUCCCUGAUUUUCCCCAGUUUUAUAACAAAUUAAAUGACGAAAGUGUAAGUCACAAAGAUUACGUGCACACCUCUAGAAUUUGGGAGGAAUUUUCAAUAAAAAAUCUUGGCGAAUACUCUGAUUUGUAUCUAAAAAUUGAUGUUCUUCUUCUGGCGGAUGUUUUUGAAGAAUUUCGUUCAAAUUGUCAUAAUACAUACGGUCUUGACCCAGCUCACUACUUCACACUUCCUGGUUAUACCUGGGAUGCAAUGCUCAAAUGCACUGAUGUUACUUUAGAAUUAUUGACUGAUGUAGAUAUGUUAAUGUUUUUUGAACGCGGCAUUAGAGGAGGACUUAGUCAAUGUUCAAAACGUUAUUCGAAGGCAAACAAUAAAUAUAUGUGCAAUUACGAUUCAACUAAGCCGUCUAAAUUCUUGAUUUAUAAUGAUAUUAAUAAUCAAUAUGGGUGGGCAAUGUGCCAAUUUCUACCACAAAAUAGUUUUGAGUGGCUGGAAAAUACGGCAGAUUUUAAAGUAGAAGAUGUGUCUGAUGAGUCACCUAUUGGUUAUAUCCUUGAAGUAGAUCUGGAAUAUCCGAAAGAAUUACAUAAUCUACACAAUCAACUCCCCUUCUGUUCAGAACGCAGUGUACCGCCUGGAUCAAAAGAAGAAAAAUUGUUGGCUACUUUAAAAGAUAAAGUUAAAUAUAUCAUCCAUUACCGAAACUCGAAGCAAGCAAUGGAGCAUGGUCUAAAUCUUACUAAAAUUCACAGAGUUCUCAGUUUUAGGCAGUCUCCUUGGCUCAAACCGUACAUUGAACUCAACAUUCGACUUCGAACUUUAUCAAAAAAUGACUUUGAAAAACAUUUGUUUAAACUGAUGAACAAUGCUGUGUUUGGCAAAACAAUGGAAAACGUUCGUUAA